AUGCCAUACCACCAUCAUAGCAAUAUGCAGCAGUAUUCCGAGGCUUUACUCGCUUCCUUACCAGAAGAUGGUAAUGAGCAAGUCCCUGUUAACGCUGCUGGUUUAGGUUGGGAGGAAGCAGGUAGGUACCUGUCGCAUGAGAGUCCUGGGCAUGAUGCGAUUGUCCUGGACAUCCUCCGCAUUCAGGGCAAAGGCCCGCUAUCCAGGCCAAAAGGCCUCCCCUUUUCCGUGUUGGACAUGGUGGAAUUCUGGAUCAACGGGUUCGUGACAAUGUCUGGGACCCAGCGGCUUAAUUUGUCCUCCAUCUUCGCUAAAGUGGCCUCAACUCGCGACUACAUGGAUGGACUCUGCCAGAUUGCCCCCUUUCUGUUCCGCGCUACUUUGGAGAAUGAAAAUAGAGAUCUCCGCUCCGUUAAUGAGUCCGACGCCGAAGACCCAAUACGCGCGAUGAACCGGCUUUCAAUGGUGGAUGUUCUGGCUGAAGCAGCUCCAUGA